CUGCAACCAUGUCUUCCAUCAAGAUUGAGUGUGUUUUACGUGAGAACUGCAGGUGUGGGGAGUCUCCAGUAUGGGAGGAAGCAUCCAACUCUCUACUGUUCGUAGACAUCCCUGCAAAGAAAGUUUGUCGAUGGGAUUCACUCAGCAAGCAAGUGCAACGAGUGGCUGUGGAUGCCCCAGUCAGCUCAGUGGCACUUCGACAGUUGGGAGGCUAUGUUGCCACCAUUGGAACCAAGUUUUGUGCUUUGAACUGGGAAGAUCAAUCAGUAUUUGUCCUAGCCAUGGUGGAUAAAGAUAAGACAAACAAUCGAUUCAAUGAUGGGAAAGUGGAUCCUGCUGGGAGAUACUUUGCUGGCACCAUGGCUGAGGAAACAGCCCCAGCAGUUCUUGAGCGACGCCAAGGGUCCUUGUACUCCCUCUUUCCUGAUCACAAUGUGAAGAAAUACUUUGACCAAGUGGACAUCUCUAAUGGUUUGGAUUGGUCCCUGGACCAUAAAAUUUUCUACUAUAUUGACAGCCUGUCCUACUCUGUGGAUGCCUUUGACUAUGACCUGCAAACAGGACAGAUCGCCAACCGCAGAAUUGUUUACAAGAUGGAGAAAGAUGAACAAAUCCCAGAUGGAAUGUGCAUUGAUGCUGAGGGAAAGCUUUGGGUGGCCUGUUACAAUGGGGGUAGAGUAAUUCGCCUCGAUCCUGAGACAGGGAAAAGACUCCAAACUGUAAAGUUGCCUGUUGAUAAAACAACUUCAUGCUGCUUCGGAGGAAAGGAUUACUCUGAAAUGUACGUGACCUGUGCAAGGGACGGGAUGGAUGCUGAAGCCCUUUUGAGGCAGCCUGAUGCUGGUGGCAUUUUCAAGAUAACUGGUCUUGGGAUCAAAGGAAUUGCCCCAUAUUCCUAUGCAGGGUGAACAACAGCUAUUCCUUGCUGUCAGAAGAAAAGCUUUGAAGACAACUGGAGAAUUAAGGGACUUAAAUCAAUGAAAUUUAAAUCUAGGGUUUUUUUUAAUGAGGCAAUGAUAUUAUAGCAGGGUUAAGCUUUAAUUUAUAAUUUUGACUGGGUGCUGGGAAAUAAACCCAGUGUGUGGCAUAUUAAUUAAGAACAUAUACUAACAGUGAACUACAUCUUUAGUCUUUUUUUAAGGUAGAUAUUUUCACAGAGAAUAAGUGACUUUGAUAGUACACUCUAGGCCUUCUAUUAAAAACAAUCCUGUAGAAAUGCAAAAGGUCAUUCAACUAUGAAUCAGCCUGAUGACUGCAAAUUGCUCUGGAGUUGAAAUGGGACUGUGUCCACUCUUUUUCUGCAUCCCAUACUUGCUGUCCCCAAAGCUUCAAAAAAU